GAACCAAUCAACAUGAAGCUUCUAGUUGUCUUAGCACUCCUUGUGGCUGCAGCCUCUGCAACUCCGGUCUACGAAAAGACCGCUUUCAUCGAGGACUUACCCGAGUCUCCAGUUUUGGGUGGACGCAUCACCAAUGGUGAUUACGCUUGGGAUGGUUUGGUUCCCUAUCAAGCUGGUUUACUGUUAUCGAAGAAUUCAGGCAAUUACUGGUGUGGUGGUUCCUUAAUUGGCUCAAAUUGGAUUCUCACUGCCGCUCACUGCACAGAUGGCGCUCACASCAUCACCGUCUACUUAGGUAGCGUUGUGCGAUCUAAUGGCAACCAAUAUGCAACCACCAUCCACUCCCAGGAUAUCCACCAGCACCCCAAUUACAACUCUAAUACUCUGGAUAACGAUGUCACUCUCCUGUGGAUCCACUCUGUCUCGUUCUCUGGCAACAUUCAAGCCAUCAGAYUGCCAUCUUUCAACCAAUACAGCAACUAUGAGGGUCAAUGGGCUACCGCAUCGGGCUGGGGUGGCACUUCGGGCAACAACCAAGACCAUUUGCAAUACGUCAGUGUUCAGGUGAUCUCCAACAGCGAAUGCGCUAGUGUCUAUGGCAGCAGCACUGUCACUGACAACACCAUCUGUGUUUCCACAAACGGCGGACGUUCGACUUGCAGUGGUGACUCUGGUGGCCCAUUGGCUGUGGACAACAACCAAGUGUUGAUUGGUGUGACUUCAUUCGUUGCUGCCGCCGGUUGCACCGCUGGUCUGCCAUCUGGUUUCCAACGUGUCAGUCGCCAUUUGGACUGGAUCCGCGGUGUCACCGGUAUUCUUGUCACACGAAUGAAACCAGCUGGAGCGCCAGAUUGGCAACCGGCGCUGGAUACGAACGAAGUAACGCCGACAAGCACACCAUCGGAUUCCAAAACCAAUGGACCACCAGAAUCACCUUGGCAGGUGGACGUACCACUAGGGGUAGAUACACAGAUGGUUUUGGGUAACAUGAACGAUCAAUUGCAAGAGAUGUCCAGAAUCGUUGAUACAAAUGGCGAGUGUAAGAAGAAUGAUAAUACCGCAGAGAGUGAUAUAGAAUCAGAUUUGAACAGUUCCGGCGAAACCAACUUAUUUGGUGAUGAUGAUGCAGAUAGCAGCGGCAGCACCAGCAAAGCCGGUGGCAGUCUUUCACAGCGUCGCAAUUUGCCGCGUCGUGCUUGUAAAGAAAAUAGUUUAAAACUCAAACGUCGCUCGAUUGUGAAACCAAAACGUCACAGCUCCUCAAUGACAUGUGAUUUCUCUAUGCUCCGUCCAGCUGAUAUACGUAAAAUUUACUGCAAUAAAAAACUGAAAAGCUUCCGACCCACUUGCUUGGAGACAAUCUUUGAAGAUCCACAACCUGAGCCACGUCGCGGUAAUGAUGCUGUUGCCUCCUGCAACAGUGCAUUACGUUUAAUUGGUUUGCGUAAAAUACGACGUUCACUAUCCUGUUCAGAUGGUUUGAAUACCAAUAAAGCUUUAAUAAAACAGAGACGUGCUAAAAUAAAAAAAGCCUUUGGUCGACGUAGUGCUUGCAAAAGGAUAUCAUUACAUGAUUUUAUUGAUCGUUUGAAUAAAAGUUUCGGUGACGAAGCCGACGUUGAAGACGCCGAUCUGGAGACUGACGACAAUAAUAUACAGGAUGUUUCAAUGGAGGCAGAAAUGUGCGCUGUAGCGGCAGACUCUUCGCUGUCCGCAGAAACGACGCCAAUAAAGACUGAUUUCGCAAUGCAAUUAGAAACGGAUUUGGUUCAUGCAAAUAAAUAUAGCAAUACAAAGGUGGAGAGAGAGUCAUUAUAUCUUGUGUCAAAUAACUGUGGAACUCUGUCAUAUUCUUCAGAUACAGCAGAUACUAGUUUGAUGGAGCGCUACACCGCCACCAGUUGGCGGCAAGUGAAACCAAUGUAUCUGCUAUCCAUGUACGAGCCGUCGGAUGAUUAUUCUAGUGAGCCGACGGUUUUAAGUUUAGAAGCAGACGCAGACGCAGAAGACGACAUGCGAUUGCACCGCACGCCAGCGAUGGAUCGUAUUUUUGGCGGCAGCGUCGCGCAGCGUCACAGCUUUCCGUAUCAAGUCGGUUUGUUGUUGCAGCGGCCCAAGGGGCUGUACUGGUGUGGUGGAGCGUUGAUUUCGGAUGAAUAUGUCUUGACUGCGGCACAUUGUGUCGAUAUGGCCAAGCGUGCUUUAGUGUUUCUCGGUGCUCAUGAGAUUAAAAACGCCGACGAAUUGGGCCAAGUGCGUAUUAUGGUUAAGCGUAAUAGUUUCAUCAUAUACCCGUCAUGGAAUCCGCGCCGUCUCAAAGAUGACAUCGCUUUGGUGCGCUUGCCAGUGCCGAUCGAAUUUAAUGACCGCAUACAGCCGAUUCCAUUGCCACGUCGCAGUUAUGAGUACCAAGACUUUGAAAAUAAGUUAGCCAUCGCUUCCGGCUGGGGACGCUACGCGAUGGGCGCGCAUGCUAUUAGCAACGUGCUACGUUAUGUGAGGCUACGCAUAAUUGACGGUUGGACCUGCAAACGCAGUUUCCCGCUCUCAUAUCACAGUACGAAUAUCUGUACAAGCGGCAAGUAUGCACGUUCCACAUGCAACGGCGACUCUGGCGGUCCACUGGUUGUGCAGCGCAAACAUACGAAGAAACGUAUACUCGUCGGUCUCACUUCAUUCGGAAGUAUACAUGGUUGCAAUCUCGGCUAUCCGGCGGCAUUUACGAAAGUCGCUUCAUACCUGGACUGGAUUAAUGAUGAAACCGGCAUUGAAUUGUGGCAUGAAUCAUCGAACGCGAUUGUUUUCAAGAAAAUGCUAAAAGAUUACGAACGAAAACAACGCAGGUACAAAUACGCGAAGGAGGACUUAACGAUGGAAGAUGAAGAAGACUGGAAUGUCAGCACUGAACAGAUACCCGACUUUACACCAGCACGCCUAAAUCGCCCAUCCAGGGUUGGCCGCACGUCGUAUACUUUAAGACCGCCAAGGCAAAGAGUGCGUUACGCGCCGCCAAGAAGCUAUCAAAAAUAUAUUUUCUUGUGA